AUGGACACAGCCACCGCUCAGAUGAAGAUGAGUGUAUUCCUGUUCUGCCUGAUCCUCGUUGCUAUGGACUACAGUCCAAGCUCCGCCCACAUGGUACCGGACAGCAGCCUCUCCACCAAUGAGCUGCAAGUAUCCAACCCUCUGGGCCAGAGCCUGGAUGCCCAGGCUCCGCCGGUGGUCAUCGUAGAAUUACCAAAACCAAAGAAAAAUAAGAGAAAGAAACAGAAAAAGGUGAAAGCCAGAUCCCGCAGACCUCAGGCGUUAAGCAGGGCAGGGCCUGAACAAGUACACGCGGAAGAGACCUCCUCCCGCCAACUGUGUGGCUCUGGGCGCCAUCUGCAAAUCCAACUCCGUCUGCUGCGACUUCUGCGCCUUCUGCCAGUGUCGUCUGUUCAGGACCGUGUGCUUCUGCCGCAUGGGGAACCCCCGCUGCUGAGACCCCCUGCUGAGACCUCCUGCUGA